GCUCAGGUGUUUCAAUAAAAUUAGGUUAGUAACUCCUCAAAAUAAGUCCUCGUUCCUGCCCUCCAACAUGUGGUGGAUGCUGUUUCCUCGCUGGAUUUGGUUCAUCUCGGGACAGUUUUUGCUGCUAUUUGUGGAGAGGCAAUGUGUGAAAGGCAUGACUUUGCAAACAGUCGCUUAUUCACACGCAGGGAUCUGUCCAAACGACAUGAACCCAAACUUGUGGGUUGAUGCAAUGAGCACCUGCACGAGAGAAUGUGAAUCUGAUCAGGAAUGUGAAACAUUCGAAAAGUGCUGUGCCAAUGUUUGUGGCAAUCGCAGCUGUGUGGCGGCCCGAUUCAUCGAUGCUUCAGGAAAGAAAGGGCCCAUGGGUAUGCCGAAGGAGCCGUCCUGUGACAAGUUCUUGUGCCCCCAGCAGGGCUCCGAGUGUGAAAUCUGGGAUGGCCAGCCUAUGUGCAAGUGCCGCGACCGCUGCGAGAGAGAGCCCCACUUUACCUGCGCCUCAGACGGGAUGACCUACUAUAACAAGUGCUACAUGGAUGCAGAAGCGUGCUCAAAGGGCAUCUCCUUAUCGGUGGUGAUGUGCCGCUUCCGCCUCACCUGGCCUCACACUAGUCCUCUCCCGGCGGGCACCACAGCAUUGAUCACCACCACGCUGCAGCGCACCACUCCAGAAGAUGUGCACGCUCCUGUCAUGAUCAACAGCCCAUCGCAGCAAUUCGUGUUCGUUGGUGACACGGCCAGCUUCCUUUGCGAAGUUGCUGGCCGACCAACGCCUGAGAUAACCUGGGAGAAGCAGAUGGACGUGCAGGGAAACGUAGUCUUGAAACCCAACCACAUGCAUGGGAAUGUUGUGGUCACCAACAUCGGUCAGCUGGUUAUCUACAAUGCUCAAUUGCAAGAUGCGGGAGUUUAUACAUGCACGGCCACAAAUGCAGGUGGAUCUAUCCGAGCACAUUUUCCACUUUCCAUUCUUGAGCAAGAGCCAGUCACAAAGUCGAACUCAACACGUUUCCCAGCAGAGGAGUGCUUUAAGGUGCCUAAUAGUGAAGAUUGUGGGGAGGAAAAGCUGAGUUGGUUUUACGACCCCCAGAGGAACAACUGCUACACCUUCACCUACCGAAACUGCAGCAAAAACCGCAAUCACUUUGACGCUUAUGAGACCUGCAUGUCGUCCUGUCGAGAGGAACUCGCCGCUCCUUGUACCCUUCCCAUCUACCAGGGACCUUGUAAAGCUUAUGAACCUCGCUGGGCCUACAACAGCUCCCGGCGCCGGUGCCAACCGUUCGUAUACGGUGGCUGCAAAGGCAACGAGAACAACUUCAAAACCAAAGAAUCAUGCGAGGACACCUGCCUGUUCACCAGGAGUCUUCGCUGCAAGCUGUGCAAGCCGCGCCACAAGAUGGUGACCAGCUUCUGCAAGAGCGAUUUUGUGAUUCUGGGACGCAUGACGGAGCUGACCGAGGACCAAGACUCGGGUCACGCUCUGAUCACCGUGGAGGAGAUCCUGAAGGACGAGAAAAUGGGGCUGAAAUUUUUCGGGAAUGAGCCCUUGGAGGUGACAUUGCAGAACAUGGACUGGGCCUGUCGGUGUCCGAACAUCAGCACCUCCGAUGGCCAGAUCAUCAUCAUGGGGGACGUCAGCAACGGUAUGGCUGUCCUUCAGCCUGACAGCUUCAUCGUCCUCUCCAGCGCCCGGCGCGUCCGUAAGCUCCGAGAGGUCAUCAGCAAAAACACUUGUGACAUAUUAAAAGAGUUCAUCUAG